CAGGAGCCCGGCCUUCCUGCAAUGCAGCUGCUUUCUGGGAUGUAGCCAGCACGUGGCGGAACAGCCUGUGAGCUCCGCUCCUCAUUGCACAGCUCGUUUAGGCUGUGCGCUGGAGCGAUGCGAAGCCCGUUUUCUUGGAGAAGAGAGCUCAGAGCGGGGAAGGGGGAUCGGCAGGUGACUCUGAGCAGGCUGCCGUGGUGUCUUGUGCGUGUAGAGCACCGGGCAGUAUGUUGUGAUCUUACAGGAGAGCUGAAGGGGGCCCUCCCGUGCAAGGUCUUGCCUCGCUGCAGGGAUGUGCAUCCCAGCUGCUGGAGGGUACUUCCUCGCUUGUGCUGUGGCUGCAACCAUAUUUUCUUGGUAGUUUCUGCUUUGGCGGGAAGAGCUUGUUUUAACCUGCAGUGCUGUUGGCCACAGCGAGGUAGUGCUUGGCUUUCUGCUCCUGCUUGCUUGGCGGAUCGGGAUGGGUUUUUUUGGUAGUCUGUGCGGAGAGUCCUGCAGAACCACGCAUGUCAGUGAAACAGCUGUAAGCUUAUGAUGUAUGGAUUUGGGGGAAUUUUGCUUUUACAUGCGAAGGACCCAGUCCAUACUGCAAAAUCAGGCAUUAGCUCUUUUUACAAGCCGGAGCAGCUCUCGGCAGCUCUGAGGAUUGCAGAGAUCUGGAGAGACAUCGGCCCCCUUGGCGGCAGGACCCUUCUGGCUGCGUUUCCAGACUUCUGGGUGACUUGCAGGGGCAGAGGUAGUUGGCUUUGUGAUAGCAACCCUAGGCAGAAAGUUUCAAACCUUGCUCCUUUCCCUAGUCUUGCUUAAAUGACAAGGUAUAACUAACUGACGGGACCGUUGUUUUUCUUGAUUUAGAAGUAUCCUAGUUAUCUCCUCUUCCCCCGAGUCCUCUCUGAGCAGCCUCUUCACGUUUGACUGCGCAAGGCAGUGCUGUGGCAGCGCUAUGGGCUGUCUCAGCCUUUGGAAACGACAGUGGGAGAGACUCAUGCUGUCCUGCAGCCAGAAGAUACCAGCAUAAAGAGACUUAAUUAUUCUGCUUUAACAGUGUUCUCUGUCAUCAGUCUCUUAAUUUUGUCUUCCUUCAUGUCAGGUAGGACAUGCAAUCUACUUUGCUCUUAAGAGUUUGAGAGGCUUAGACAGCCAGCCUGCUUUUAGGGGUAGAAAAGGAUCUGUAAAGGACAGCCCACAGUAACAACCCCACGUUGCUGCUGUCAUACCGAUUUCUUCUCAGGAGGAAAAGUGUGGGGGGGUGACUCCUCGAGUUCAGAGGACGCAGAGUCCUGCAGGAACUUGCUUUUCCCCUCCCAUGCAGUUGCUUAAUCCAGAUGGGAGUAGCAGCUGCCCUGCCUCACUCUUGCGUUACCCACUUUAGCUUUACUGGCAAUUGCAACACCGCUGUAAAUGUUUAACCCUGUUGCUCGCCUGCCCGUCUUGCCGGGGUGCUGUGGACCUAACGUUUCUAGUAACAAGCAGAGAGAGUUAUUUUCCUGAGUGACUGCGUGGGCCUGGGGGCAGGGGUGUGUGACGUGAUGCGCCACCGGGCAGGGUACGGCUGGGCCCAGGAACAGCCGUUCUGGGCUGGAUAAUGAUUGGCGAGAACCGAGGUGACCAGCGCUGCCAGUAACAAACGGGGCUGGAAUGUUUCUGCUCCAUCAGUCUUUGUGGAGGCUGGGGGCAGAAGGGGGGCCCCGUACCGGGCUCGGGGCUGGCCUUUGCUCAACUGCUGCUUCCCACAAGGCUGUUUCCAGAGCCCUCUCUCCGCGGGCGGGCUGCCUUCCUCUCUUGUGUAAAUACCUGUACAAAGAACCAAUUAAUAAAGCGCUGAAGGAACGACUGGUCGCUCCUGCCUCUCAUUGCCCACCCCGCCGCGGCGCUCCCUGCACCCAGCCUCCCUCCCUGCACCGGCCCCGGGGCUCGCCCCGGCCCCGCAGCGCAGCUCUCCCGCCCUCCCCGGGGGCCGGGCCCGCCGCUCCUCCCUCUGGGCGGGUAAGUUGGCCCUGGGCUCCGCCAUCCCCUCCCCUAAGGCCGCCAUCUUAGCGUGUGCGUGGCCUUGCGUGCGUAGCCGCGCCGGAAGUGACGCGCCGGAAGCGCUGAGGAGGCAGCGGCGGCGAGGAGGCAGCAUGGUGGCGGCGGGCGCCCACCGGCCCGGGCCGCUGAAGCAGCAGAACAAAGCGCACAAGGGCGGGAAGCACAGCGGGGCGUCGCAGCGCCGUGCUGGAGGCCGCCUCUCCGUCAAGGCCCAGCCCCGCCGGCGGCUCCGCGACCUCAGCAGGGUGGACCGGCGGCACCAGGCGCUGCAGCUCCGCCGGCAGCGCAAGGAGGCGGUGCUGGCAGAGAAGCGGAGCUUGGGAAGCAGGGACGGGCCCCCGCACCUCGUGGUUCUGGUGCCGCUGCACAGCAGGGCUGCAGCCCACAACACCCUCCGCUUGCUACAGAGCCAGGACUCAGCGGUUGUCCACGUGGAUGAGGGGAGAGCUGGUGGCUUUGCUCUCCUCUGUCCCCGACUCAAGCAGCGCUGGCGCUUCGUGACAGCACAGGCAGGGGACCUUCAUGCUGUCUUAGACCUAGCAAAGGUCGCUGACUCCCUCCUGUUCAUCCUGGAUCCUGCAGAUGGCUGGGACAGCGCAGGGGAGUACUGCCUCUCCUGCCUCUUCGCACAGGGGCUCCCCAGUUACGCUCUUGCUGUCCCAGGGGGCACUGACUUGCCACCUAAGAAGCGGAUAGAUGCCAGGAAGAAACUGGCCAAAGCCAUUGAGAAGCGCUUUCCGGAGGCCAAACUCUUCCCCCUGAACACGGAGCAGGAGUCCUCGCUGCUGCUGAGGCACCUCGCCACCCAGAAGCAGCGGCAUCUCGCUUUUCGGGACAGACGGGCUCACCUGCUCGCCUACGCUGCUGAGUUUGUACCCAGUCAGGAGAGCGACCUGGUUGGGACCUUGAAAGUGUCCGGCUUUGUCCGGGGACAGACCCUCGACGUGAACAGCCUGGUGCAUAUUGUGGGGCAUGGAGACUUCCAGAUGAGCCAGGUGGAUGCCCCCCCCGACCCCCUCUCCUUGAACCCCCGAGUGGUUAAAGGACAGAAGAGGAGUCAGGACAUGGAGAUACAGGAUGACUCUGUAAAUGGUACCGAUGAGAUGGAGGAAGACGUUAAGGUCCUGAUGAAGGCAGAUCCAAACAAGCAGGAGUCUUUGCAGUCAGAAGUGGUUCCUGAUCCUAUGGAAGGGGAGCAGACGUGGCCUACCGAAGAAGAACUGCAAGAGGCAGAGGCUUCUCUGAAGGCAAACAGGAAGGUGGUAAAGGUCCCCAAAGGCACAUCCAAAUACCAGGCUGCCUGGAUUGUGGAUGAUGAAGAGGAGGGCAGUCAAGAAGAUGAUGAUGAUGGAGAUGAAGAUGAAGAUGAUGACGUCGAUGAUGAUAUGAUGGAAGAGGCAGUUUCCCAGGAGGGGGAAAGCAGCGAGGAGGGAGAGGAACGCGCAGAGGAGGAAUGUGAGACCAUGACUGUUUCCGAGUGCUUGCGGGAUGACCAGUACGAUGAGAAGAUGGAGGAAGAUGAAGAGAUGCUGGAGAGAUACAAACAGGAGAGAAUGGAUGAAAUGUUUCCGGAUGAGGUGGACACGCCACGUGAUGUACCUGCAAGAGUCCGGUUCCAGAAGUACAGGGGGCUGAAGAGCUUCCGGACUUCUCCAUGGGACCCCAAAGAGAAUCUCCCAAGGGAUUAUGCCAGGAUUUUCCAGUUCCAGAACUUCUCCCAAACCAGAAAGCGCCUCUUCCGGCAAAUAGAGAAAGAAGAGACUGAAGGAGCCUCGGUUGGCUGGUACGUUACACUUCAUGUCUGCAAUGUCCCUGUCUCAGUGAUGGAGAGCUUCAAAGAAGGGAAGCCCCUAGUCCUGUUCUCGCUGCUUCCCCAUGAACAAAAGAUGUCCGUGUUGAAUUUCCUGGUGCGGCAGCAUCCAAGCAACAGUGAGCCAGUGAGGGCAAAGGAGGAGCUCAUCUUUCACUGUGGGUUCAGGCGCUUCCGAGCAUCCCCCCUGUUCUCCCAGCACACCUCAGCUGAUAAGCACAAGCUGGAGCGUUUCCUGCGCCUGGAUGCUGCCCUGGUGGUGACCGUUUACGCUCCCAUCACUUUCCCUCCUGCCUCAGUGCUUCUUUUUAAACAGAGAAGUAACGGAAUGCACGACCUCAUUGCCACGGGUUCUCUGCUUUCUGUGGACCCGGACAGAAUCGUCAUCAAGCGGCUAGUGCUCAGUGGCCACCCCUUCAAGAUCUUUAGCAAGACGGCUGUCGUGCGAUACAUGUUCUUUAACAGAGAGGAUGUGAUGUGGUUUAAGCCAGUGGAGCUGAGGACAAAGUGGGGUCGUAGAGGACACAUCAAGGAGCCAUUAGGGACCCAUGGUCACAUGAAGUGUCACUUUGAUGGACAGCUAAAGUCCCAGGACACUGUGCUGCUGAACCUCUACAAGCGUGUUUUUCCUAAAUGGACUUUUGACCCCCAUGUUCCGGAGCCCGUGCCGUGGGUGAGGAGCGAGAGUGUGCUGCCGGUGCAGGAGGUGGAAAUGGAUUAAGUCUCCAGCGUGGCUAAUGCAGUUUGUGCCUUAGCUCCCCGGAUGCUGUUCUCAGCCCGUGCACAGCGAGGACAGCACUGAUGUCUCGGACGUAUUACUGCUGGGGUCUGUACAGGAGCGGCUGUCUCACCAGCUGCUGCUCAGGUACCAGCUACAGCUAUUUAUCUUAAUGGAAAAGGUUUUAAAAAAAACA